AUGAUAGAUAGUUUAAUAAAGUUUAUAUUAAAGAACAAACAACUAAGAGUAAUAAUAUUCCAACAUGUAACUAGUAUUCAUCGACAAUUAGGUAUAAGGACUGUUAAAUCAAAAGAUAUAAUAACAUUGUAUGAUUAUAUAAAGUAUGGUCAAACUGAUCUUUUCAUCAAACAUUUUGAUCGUUUACAUCAAUUGAUUCUAUUGGUUGAUAAACAAUCAAGAUAUAAAAAGAAUAAUCAUGUUGCAAUGAAAUAUUUAAUUGAUAGACUUGGUAUAACCAAAAAAGACUUUCAAUCAUACAAAAUACACUUUUCUUCAACUACAACAAAAGGCUUUCAAUUCACAACUGAAAUGUUCUACGUAUUACGAGAUGCAAACUUUUCAACACUUGUGCCAUCUCUUCAGCAUGGGAUGAUCAAUGUAUUGAUUAGACUUGGUGACAGUGAUCAAUUGGAAUCAUAUCUAUCUACAUUGGAUAACCCGAAUCCAUCGAGUACUGAUCGCCGUCCAUUCAAAAGUUCAUUUUCAUAUUUACUUGCCAACAACAACAACAACAAGGAUAUUAUCUACACUACUAUUAGGAUAAUAGAAAUAUUUAAAAGAUAUUCAAUCAAUGUUAUUGGGGAUGUAUUGGUUGGAGCGGUGGAGAAUAAUCAUUUGGAGAUGGUAAAGUGGGUUGUGGAAAAUGUACCAAAUGAAGAGUUGGCAGACUCUUGUAAAACUAUUGUUUGCACUGUUUUUGAAGUACAUGGCAAAAAAGAGGUGUUGGAGAUGUUGCCAAUAUCACAUUAUGCCAAUGGUUGGCAUAUUGGCUCAAAUGCUAUUAAACAAGGAAAUUUUGAUUUCAUCGAAUAUUAUUUAAAGAAAUCUCUCCAAGAUGGUCAUGUCAUUAAAAUAUUAACAGAGUGUCUUGCACACGAUCGAAUGGAUUGCUUUGAAUUGAUUGUUACAAAAUAUCAAAAUCAUUUACCACCAGGCCACCAAAAGGUCAUCCAUCUUUUUCAUCCAAACUGUUUUUCAACAGAGUUGGUAGCAAGAGUAAUCAAACUCGGAUUCCAUGUUCGCCUUUGUGUUGAUAUGUUUGAGCCUGCCAUCCGAGACAACCAAUUGGAGACCUUUAUCGAAUUGGACUAUCCACACCUCCCAUUGACAGUCGACAGCUUUACCAGACUACUCGGUUAUGCAAUUGAAUGUAACAGUCUAUCUUCAAUUGACGUCCUACUCCACCAUCCACGAUUCCAAGAGGUUCAAGAUCGCAUCAUUGACAUUAGUUGUAUCAAACCACAGACUAUACCAACGAUUGAAUAUAUAUUCGACAAGUCCAAUCGAAAUAUACCGAUUAGGUUCCAAUCGAUCGAUAACUCUUAUAACAAAGAUUACACCUCUUCUUAUUCUGUCGAUUACGAGUCGGUUGCCAAGGUCAUUCGUUUGGUUUAUAGACCCAACAUUAUCGGCCGUUGUCAGUUGAUUGCCAUCUUUUUGUUGGCAAAUGAUAUCGAAUGGUUGUUUGACAAUAAUGUCAUUGCAAAGGACUCUGUCAGCACUUUAGUAACGGGUCUCUUUAGCGACUACAUUGCGGGUGGUGCUGCUACAUAUAGAGAUCUAUUCAAAACAGCCUGUCUCAAAGGACAGUACCCAGCUUUGGAUUUUCUUUUUGACAAUUGUCUACCCAUUGUUAAAGACACAUAUUCAUUGGUCAUCUUGGUAGGCCUACUACCAGAUGACCAACAAUUUGAAAGAUAUUGGUCAAGGUUGGGCAUAACAGACACAGCAAUUGUCUCUGAUAUUGUUCAAAGGAUUAUAUUUGCAGUAGAGAUUCAUAGACCAAAAAGAGUAAAGUCUAUCGUUGACAUUUAUGGCACUCUAUAUACUACUAGUAGGACAAAUGGAAUAAAGAUGAGCCCGAUCAAUUAUCCUCCAAUGAAAUACAUUAAUAAUCACCCCAUUGCUCACUAUUCAACUCUAAUGGAGGUGUUUUGCAGUCAAAAAGUACCUUGGAUUAAAAAUUAUUCCAAAGCAGAUGAAUUGAUAAUCUUUCAAAAAGCAAUUAGUUUUGGUUAUAUCCUUCCUAUCCCUUCAUUUUUAGAUAAUAAUAAUAAUGACGACCAAUCUAAUCAAAAUUCUAAAUAUUACCCAUGUUUUUGUUACUCCAUUCAAUGUCCUUGUCCAACAUUUGCAAAUAGUAGUACUACUAGGUUUAAUAAGAUAAUGUCAACAACACAAAGUUGGUUUAAUCAAUACACAGAUGAUGAUAAUGAUGACGAUAAUGACGGAGACGAAGAGGUAGUCCAAGAAGAGAUUACGACGACUCGGGAGACCAACAACAAAAAUAUAACAAUCGAGCAAAUAGGAGAACAUCGUAUCAUUAGAGAUAAUGAUACUGGUAAUAUUACAAUAGAUCUUCAUUCUUUAUCUUCUUCAAACGAUAACAAGAGAAAGGCAAUAGAUCAAGAUCAAGAGGACGACGAGACUAGUACAACAACUACAACUACGAUAACCUCACUACAAUUACAACCACCACCACCACAAGUACAACAACAAAAGAUAGGAGUUGACAAAUGUACAGUUUGUCAAGACAAGAUUUCAAAGUAUAGAUGUCCAGGUUGCUUUAUUUUGUUUUGUUCGAUGAUUUGUCUCGGCAAACAUAAAACAUCGACUGAAUGCACAGGUGUCAGACGUGUCACCCAAUUCAUCCCUCUUGAUCAAAUGACUGAUCGUGAUAUUGUAAAUGAAAAUAUAAACCGUGUACAUGAAUCUGGAAAGAAUCUAAUCGACAGUUCAAUGGUACAAACAAAAUCAGUGUUUCUUCAGAAAGCUGCUUUUAAACGUAUGAUUAAUCUUUACAUUAUGCCAAAACAAAUGUCAAGACAUAAAGAUAAUACUUCAAAUUUUAGACAAAAGGAAAAUUUAAUAUAUUGGAAAAUGGAAUGGAAUUUUGUAAAUGAUUUAUUUAAAAUUGUAAAUGAUAAUGUUUGUGAAACCGAUAGUAUCAAAGAUAUAAUAUUAAAACAUAUCAAUGAUCCAGUGAAUCGAUACGAACUAAAGAAAUAUUUCAAGAAUAAUCCAGAUUCAAAAGACCCCAUUUUAUUGAUGAAAAGAGAACGGUGUACUGCCAAUCAAUACUAUCGUAUCCCACUAGACUCUACACUUUCUAGUUGUCUUCAAUACAAAGAGUUGAUAGAGUUUCCAUCGAUUCUAGUCAUCAACCAACACGAGUUGGUCAACUACCCAAUCGUAGAUGAUCCACAACAAUUGGAAGAAAUUCAAAAAGAACAAAAGGAAAUCAUACAACGUUACAGUAAAGUAAAGUAUGAUCCAAAUCUAGUCAAUACUCAUGAUCAAAUUAAUAGUUUAGCAAAAUCAAAUCCAGUCAAGAAAAAAAAGAAAUUACAACCUUUACCUCCUCUUAAUAAUCCUAGUACUAAUAAUCAAAAUAAUCAAAAUAAUAAUCAAAAUAAUAGUAAUCAAAAACAACAACAAAAUAAAAAACAAUCAACAAAAUCAAAUAAUAAUAAUAAUAAUAAUAAGGCACCAACAAAACAGCCGCCAACCAUUCCAGUCCAAACACAAAUACCUCCACCAUUGGAACCAAUCUCGAAUAUACCAUCGGUGGGAACUGUUCAAGAGAAUAUUAAUAAAGAAGAAGAAGAGGAAGAGAAUAGUUUCUUUACCUUUUAG